UAUCUGAUAAAUAGGUCCAUUGUGAAUCCCAGAGUAUGGUUGACUUGGAAAAACAGGCCGAGUACUUCCCAUGGGGGAAAGACCUUUAUGCUGAUAACAGCCUCAUCAACGCAUAUAAAGAGCGGCUCCCUCAGCUUCAGCUGCACAAUCAAAAGUUUCCUGCAAAACAAUAAAUAUGAAGCUGCUGCCAAUACUCGUGAUGAUGGCUCUGGUCAUCUGCGCAGCCUGUAAAAACCACGAGGACUUUGGAGGGCGCAGGCCAUGGGACUCGGAGCCCAGAUCGCGUCCAUCCAAUCCCUACGCUUAACCGAAAACCGCAAAAAUAAACAUUUGAUUGAAAGCUUAA